AUGCGCGACCUCGCCGAGCUACAACUCCAAAAACGCCUGGAAAACAAACUCCACAUCAACAGAAACCUGGAAAACUACCUAAAACUCCUCAUCGAAAUCAAAGAAUUCGCCGAACUGGACAACAUUCCAGAAAUUGCCAGGAAUUUCGUUCAUCAAGAAGAAGACAACUUUGCCAAGUUCAAGUACGUCAAUGAUCUAAACAAGCAAAUGGAAGAACUUAGUGAUGAAUUAGCUGAACGUCAUUCAAAAAUCGACAAACAAUCGGUAUUGCACCAGGUUUUCAACAAACAGCAGUAA